AUGGGCAUGGCAGGUCAUCGUGGAGCAAUGUGGCUUCUUCCUGUUGUCCUCCCUUUCCUGCAGAUGAGGCAGACAGAUGGGAACCAAUGCAGUUCAAAUCCUUGUCACUAUGGUGGCCACUGUAAAGAUGGAAUUGGUUCCUACACUUGCACGUGCUUGGAUGGUUAUCAAGGCAAGAACUGUGAAUUUGUCAUACCAAAAUUCUGCAGAAUAAACAACGGGGACUGUGAGCAGUUCUGCAGUGUCCGAAGAGAUGGACGGAAGGAUGUGUUGUGUUCCUGUGCAGAUGGGUAUGUUCUAGCAGAGGAUGGCAAGCACUGUGUUGCAACAGUAAAAUACCCUUGUGGAAAAGUUUUUGUGGGAAGGAAAAAAAGGUCUGUUCUUUCACCUGCUGACUACAACAAUGGAACGACUGAUCAAGAAGACCCUCCUGCAAACGAAACAAGCACAGAGGAGUACUUUGCAAUUACCACAGAAAGCCCAACCCCUCCACCUGACAAUAGAACAAGCAGCAAGAAUCCAUAUGUCAAUACCAGGAUAGUUGGUGGGGAUGAGUGUCCUCCUGGCCAAUGCCCAUGGCAGGCUGUUCUGUUAAACGAGGAAGGAGAAGAGUUUUGUGGUGGAACAAUUCUGAAUGAAAAUUUUAUACUUACUGCAGCUCAUUGUAUGAACCAGUCCAAAGAAAUCAAAGUUGUUGUUGGUGAAGUGGACAGAGAGAAGAAAGAGCCAUAUGAAUCAAUGCAUACUGUGGACAAAAUAUUUGUUCAUUCCAAAUUUAUUAUUGAGACUUACGAUAAUGACAUUGCCUUGUUAAAGCUGAAGGAACCUAUCAGGUUUUCAGAGUACGUCAUCGCAGCAUGUCUCCCGAAAGCAGACUUUGCUAAUGAAGUUCUGAUGAACCAAAAAUCUGGGAGGGUUAGUGGCUUUGGACGUGAAGCUGAUGGGGGAGAACUCCCCAAAAAACUGAAGGUGCUUGAACUCCCCUAUGUUAAUAGGAGCACUUGCAAGCAAUCCACUAACUUUCCAUUAACUGAGAAUAUGUUCUGUGCUGGUUACGACACAGAGCAAAAGGAUGCUUGCCAAGGAGACAGUGGUGGCCCCCAUGUGACCAGAUAUAAGGACACUUAUUUUGUUACUGGAAUUGUUAGCUGGGGUGAAGGAUGUGCAAGGAAAGGCAAAUAUGGUGUCUAUACCAAACUGUCCCGCUUCUUGCGUUGGGUCAGAACAGUCAUGAGUUUGUAGUGGUGGUGUGUCCCUCGAUCUCUCUUGUUAGCUGCCAAGGUGCCGGAUGGGUAAUGGGACCUUUCUUUUCCUGCACAUCUGCUAAGUUUGUUUCAAGAUCUGAGUCCUUAAAGUUAUGGUCUGCUUCCAUUUAUAUUAUUCCUGGCUUUAAAGCACAUCUCUGUGGACUGUGGAGGUGUUUGGAAUUGGUUGAAUGAGGGACUUUCCCCAAACAAAAAGGCUGCUGAGUGGGGUCUUUGGCUUCCUUUACUUAUUUACCAAUGACUGUUUUGGUUCCUAUCUGUUGACAGGAGUGCUCCUACCAGAGGAGCACUAAAUAUCUUCUGAACAGUCGCUAGUCACGAUGAAAGCAGGAAGGACAGGACUCAGUUAAUCCUCAUAUUGCAGUUGUCUGGCUCAGCAGGGAGUUUGUCCUUACUGGAGUUGCUUUGCUUCUACCUUAAGAUGUGUUCAGAAGAUUAAGGGACAUGGGGAACUUGCAUGGCAAAGGCUGAGACAGAAUUAAUUAAUCAAUGUGUAAGGCUAAAUAACCACAUGUUCCACAAAAUGCCCUCCUAAUAUCAUGGCAGCUCAUUAAAGAGGGGUUUGCUUUAUAAGGAUUGUACUUCACUCUAGUUUAAUUUGUACACUCUCCUCAUCAGAAAAUGUAUAUGUGCACAUUCACUAUUUUUCAUGUCUUAUUCUGGAUUGUGUACAGCUAAGGAUUGGAAAGUUCCUGGCAUGCGUAUUGUUCUAGAUGUUUCUGUUAGGUGCAAUAUUGAUGUA